AAGGAAUUUUUUUUGCAUCAUUUUGUUUUGAAAUGCAGUAUGAUAUAACUAAAAAACAUCUUUACCUACCAAAAGCAUCUUUCAUAUGGUAGUGGGAUUGUCAUAUUUUAUUCCCAUGCUUUUGAUAAUUAAGUGAAUAGAUGUUUAUUUGGCACACCAAAACAGUAGUCUGUUUGAAAACUGUCUGAAAAAAAAGAGUCCAAGUGAGAUUGUCUCCGUCAACGAUGGCCUUAAACGUGAUCAAGAUCUCUCGAGUCAGCCUUGUAACUAACUCAGUCGAACCACUCGUUCUCCCACUCACUUUCUUUGAUUUACUAUGGCUAAAACUCAAUCCCAUAGAGCGAGUUACCUUCUACAAACUCACCGAGUCAUCUCGUGACUCCUUCUUCUCUUCCAUCCUCCCCAAACUCGAACAAUCCCUCUCCCUCGUCCUCUCCCACUUCCUCCCACUCUCCGGUCACCUCAAAUGGAACCCCCAAGAUCCUAAACCACACAUAGUCAUCUUCCCCAAAGACACUGUCUCUCUCACAGUGGUCGAGUCCGAAGCUGACUUCUCUUAUAUCUCUAGCAAAGAACUUCGUCUGGAGACUGAAUUACGUCCUCUUGUCCCCGAGUUACAAGUUUCCUCUGACUCAGCGUCUCUUCUUUCUCUACAAAUCACUCUCUUUCCAAACCAAGGUUUCUCCAUCGGAACAACAGUUCACCAUGUCGUCAUGGACGGCAAAACUGCGUCAAAGUUUCAUAAAUCUUGGGCUCAUAUAUGUAAACACGGAACCACACCUCAAGAUUUUGAUCUACCUACGGUUUUAGAUCGUACGGUCAUCAAUGUUCCGGCCGGACUCGAGCAAAAGAUCUUUCAGCUCUCUUCGUAUAUCUCAGAGGAGAAAGACUAUGCAAGAACCUUAACGCUUCCUCCGGCUAAAGAGAUCGAUAACGACGUUGUUCGGGUCACGCUCGAGUUGACGGAAGUGGAUAUCGAAAAACUUAAAGAACGAGCCAAGAACGAGUCAACCCGGUCCGAUCUUCAUUUAUCAACGUUCGUAGUCUCGUACGCUUAUGUGUUGACUUGCAUGGUUAAGUCGUGUGGAGGAGACGCGAAUCGACCGGUUCGGUUUAUGUAUGCUGCUGAUUUCAGAAACCGGUUAGAUCCACCGGUUCCUUUGACAUAUUUUGGGAAUUGUGUCUUACCAAUUGAUUUCAAUGGAUACAAAGCGACAACGUUUCUAGGAAAAGAUGGAUACGUUAACGGAGUUGAGAUUUUAAGUGAUUCGGUUAGAGGUUUGGGUUCACGAAACAUUGAGUCAAUAUGGGAAGUGUAUGAGGAUGGAACAAAAAAUAUGAAAUUGGAUACACAGAAUGUGACUGUUACAGGAUCAAACCAAUUUGGGAUAUACGGGUCGGAUUUCGGGUGGGGAAGACCUGUUAAGACUGAUGUUAUGUCUCUUUACAAGAACAAUGAGUUUUCUAUGUCGGCAAGGAGGGAUGAGAUUGGUGGUUUGGAGAUUGGUAUCUCUUUGAAGAAAUGUGAGAUGAAUGUUUUUCUUUCUUUAUUUACCAGUGAUUUCGAUAUCUACAAAUAAAUAUUCCUAUGUCAAAUAAAUUUCGCAAUUACAUGAAGAAUUACAUUUUAUCAUCUUCUUAUAAAUGAAUUUCGAGUUGUUAAAAGUACAAAAAAA